ACUAGCAGUCACUUUCCUCACGCCGUUAACCGUUACCUUCUGUAGCGUUUCAUGAUUGCAUCUUUUCGCAAAUCUGCUAUUUUUUAUUAUUGCAGGAAUCUCUUGCUAUUAUUUCUACAAACGCAUUUGUUUGUAAAAAUCUAUCGAAAUUCAAGAUAGCUACCUAUCGAUUGGUUCGGGGAUUGCACAUGAAUAUUUAGCUACCUAUUAGCCUGCUAGCUACAGUUAAAAUGGCGGAUAACGAAGAUGAGAGCAAUAUGUCAAGUAACGUUACAACAACAGAGGUAGAGCACGGUACAGUAUCUCAAGUUCAGUGUGUUUCCGGAUUGCCGGUAAUUGAAACACCUACCGAAUUAGAAAACCAGAACCAAGUCGUCGAGAAAUGCAUUGAAACGAAUGCACCAGAGAUCACCGAAACAACAGAUUUCCUGCAAAGCUGCACAAAAGAGGAGCCAUUCCUAGCAAAACACUCACAGGAAGCUGUGAUCAAAACUGGGGGCAAUGAACAACAACCCGAACAGACAAUAACGUCUGUUGUUGAAACCUCAGGUAUUGCAACGGAUGCACAUUUUUCUCCAGUCAGUGCUGACUUUGUAAACGCUCUUGCACCUGGGACCACUAUAAUUUACGUGCAACCAGACGGUAGUUUUGUAGAAGGAUCAGGUCUAACGGCAGAGGAGCAACAACAGCUAGUGGAGCAGUUGGUCAAACAGGAGCUUGUCACAGUGACGGAGAGUGAGGCUGCUCGCUUGUUUGAACAAAAUCAAGGCAUUAAAACACUCCCUCCUACUUCAUCACAAACACAGUAUACAGUUCCCAGUACGGCAUUGGCUCCCAACGAGCUUCAACAAGUUAUAGAGCAAGUUACUAAAUCUCAGCAAUCAAUUGCCCCACCCAAGGAAUCUGAGCAGGUUGUAACGACACUUGACCCUGCAACUGGUUUGUUCACGACUGUUGCGGCCUCAGAGAUCACAGUGGCCAGUCCGCAGCCACUGGUCACCAUGCAGAAUGCAUCCCAGCAGCUGAAAAAUGUUGCUAAACAUGUGGCACUUCAGUCCCACAAUGGUACGCGACUAGUCCAGAAAAAGCAGGAAACCAUUCGGAUCCAAGUUCAGGUGCCCUCUGGGAAACAGGAGGUGAAAGUACCAGCACAGACUACAAUUUCAAUCCCCCAACAGAAGAACUUGGCCUUGGCAAGUCAAGGUCAACAGGUCAAGGUGUCUACCAAUGGCAGUGUGAGCAGCAGCCCUCAGAUCAUCCACAUCACACCCGUGGUUGGGCAGCAACACUACUUCCUCCAGCAAAACCCCGGAGAUCCUCCCAUUCAGCUGCUCCUGCAGAGCUCCACCCCCGUGGUUGGCAGCCUGGUGCCCGUUGUGCACAAACUGCCCAUGCCUGUUCAGUCCGCUGCCCAGCCGCCUGCCGUCAAGGGCCCGGUCAAUGGAACGACGGUCACGGUAGUUCGGUCUGCUGCAGUGGCUGCUCCUGCCCUGUCCGUUUCUAACCCAGCUCCCGCUGUGGAGAAAGUGAAAAGGGUCAAAACCCGAGUGAAAAAGGCGCCAAACAUUAAAACGCGCUCCGGGAGGGUGUCCAGACCGCCCAAGUACAAGGUGAAGGACUAUAAAUUCAUCAAGACAGAGGAUUUGGCCGAGAGCCAUCAGUCAGAUUCCGACGACUACUCUGAAAUCAGUGUUGAGGAAGAGGACGACGGAGAGGGUGGUUUAAAGGGAGCGUCCUCUAUGAGUUACAGUCACAAGCGGAAGGCCUUUCAGUGUGAAACUUGCGAUAAGGCUUACAUAGGCCAUGGAGGCCUUUCCAGACACUACAGGUUGUAUCCGUCCCACGGUGAACUGAAGUCCCCACCUGAAGGAACACCUAAAGAGGACAGAGCCGACGCUGGGGCCGAACCCGACAAACAGACUGAGGAGAGUAACUCCAGCUCUGUUAAAGACACGCCAAGUCCUGAGAAAAGUGAUGCUGCAGAGAAACCGGCUGCUGCAACAUCAACCACUCAACCAAAAGUGGAUACCAUGGCAACCCAAGAAGUAGCAUCUUCUACCAAACCAGCAGUAGGCCAGGAAGGGGUCCAAGCUCGGGGUCCAGGCAGACCCAGGGGACGUGGAAGACCACCAACAAAAUGCCUGCCUAAGGUGGCAGCCCACCCAGCGGUGAGACUGGGGCGGCGAGGUCGACCCCCAAAGCUAGCAGGAGGUGCAACCAGUGUGGAGCAGCAGGCCCAGAGAAGGAAAGCACGACUCAAAGAGGUGACUCAUGAGUGUGAUAAUGAAGAACUCAUGGAGACUGUUCUUCCUCGUUUGGCUAAAGUCAUGACAGUUUGGGAGUUCCUCCUAAUGAAGGUGGAGAAGGCGCGGCAGCCCAAAGCCCUGUUUUCAGAUGUGUAUCGGGAGUUUGAGCAGCUCCACAGCCAGGUGAAGAAGAUGGCCCAAGACUACAUCAGUAACCCACAGGGUGUCCACACAGCCUUGGAAGUCCACAAUGUUGAGGUUGCCAAAUCGCUCGGCAUCUUUGAUGAGGUGAACAAGUUAAAAGUCCUUAAUCCUCCAGCACAGCAGAAUGUUACCAACAUGGCAGCCAAACAUGUUCGCUACAUGGAGAAUUCUAAAAUGUUACCUCCAACGAAGCGAUUUAAAAUGGAGAACCGGGGGGGUAGUCAGAUCCAGAACGGCAUUGAGACUUCCAAAAAAGAAUCAAGUGCAGCCAAAGUAGACAGCAUUGUGACGACAAGCAUAAGUGACAUUACACCACAAACUCAGUUGCCCACAAAGAGCCCAAAGGGCCCACAAGCCACUCAGACUGUUAACGUCAAACCCCAGGUGGUCUCAUCUAACCCAGAGACAAACAUAACACCCAUGGAGUUGAUCCAGGAUCACUUGUCCAACAGCUUGACAGAGACCGUUCCCUCAGCGGUAGAAGAGGAGGCCAUGGAAACUGUUCCGAGUGUGUCUGGUACCGAACCGACUGAGGUUCUGAGCACCAGUGACAUAGCAGAUCAGAUGAAGGAGCUAGAGAAGGCCUUGGCCACAGACCCAGUUACAGCAGAUGAGCAACCCAGUAGUAGUAGCAGCACCCAACUGCAGCAGACCAGCCCUACCCCAGUCCAGCAGAGUGGCCUGGCCCCUGAUGAGUCCACCUCUAGCGGAGACCAAGUGGUGGUUCAGGAGGCACAGAGUAGCCAGGAGGGCCAGGAGAUCUAUAUCCAGACAGAGGGGCUCACCAUGCACCUAGCGGAGGGCCAAGAGGGUGACGUGGCCUCAGAGCGGAUCGUCAUUGUAAACGGGCCCGACGGCACCACGAUGCACAUCCGAGCCCCCGAAGGAGUCCCCCUGGAAGCAGUCCACGCCCUGCUUGGUAUUGAGUCUGAGGGGAAACAGCUUUGAUUUGUUCCACGAUACCAGGGUCCCUCAACGCCAAGCACACAUCAUCCCCCAUAUUGUUUCUGUUCCAUCUGGUGGAUUUUUAUUGUAUUCCAAGUAUCCUUUGUAUAUUUGUAAAAGUUUUUCUUUUUCAAUGUGGUGUUUUCAUAUUUAGACAAAUUAAUAACCCUUCCUUUACAUUGUUUAGUUUGUGAUAUGUUUAUAUGUAGAUAAAUAUCAAAAGCAGUUUAAAAAAAAAGUUGCACUAUUUUAUUACUUUUUUAUAUAUUUGGGUGUAACAUUUUCCAAACAAAAAAUAGGUUUGUAAUCCCCUGGAAAAUGUAUGCAAAGGAAGGGAAAUUAAAAAAAGAAAUACGAUUAAAAGAAACCGGUUUUAUUAAUUUCCAUGUUUCAUUUGUUGUAAUUCAUUGUUGCAGUACAACCAUUUCAUACGCUGUACAGUACAACUCAUUUUCCUCUUAAUAAAAGGAUGUGAGAACUAAUGUUUUAUUUCA